GACGCCCAUGGGCAUUGGCCGCCCGAUAUGGCGAAUUCCCAACUUUUCCAUGUUCUGACAGGCGGCCCUCUCUUCACUUUGUGCUGCUGGUCUCUGUGUCUGAACCGGCCUUGUACCUGACUGUACCUUGAGGUUCCCCGUCCCACGUCCCAAGUCCAAAGUCCUAGUUCCCAAGCAGUGCACAUGUGUGGCCAUCUGUCCAAGCUCCCAUCCACCCAUCCUUUCUCCUUCUCUUGCUUGCCUUACCUGCUGCAUUCUCUAGCUGCUUCUGUCUUGUCUCCAUCCGAUCUUCCCAUCUCGCACACCACACCUUAAUUUUCAUCAUCCUCACACCGGCAACAAGAGAACCAACAACACCGGCUGUGUUGUAUCUUGUCUGGCUGAGACUUGGUCGGCGGAUGUGGCCACAGCUACGCAGUGCUGUGUACGGAAUUAGAUCCCGCUUCCUGCAACGAUCCUACGAUAUCCAAGCCAACUGGACUCUCCCUCCAAGAGAGCACGUCCCGUCCCAUUCCUCGGACUCUCGUGCAGUGUUCCGGAUCCAGCUGGCUCGACUCUUUUUUUGGGGGGGUACUGAGGUGAAUCGGCGGCGGCAUAUCCCAUCCUGACUGUCGGUCCGAGGCCGCAGCUCCCGCAGACACCUUUUUGUCUCACCCGCCGAUCGUCGUCACUGUCGAAGCUGAGACCCAGCAGCUCGAGCCCCGAGACGGGUGGUCGGAUGGCCCGACUGUUGCACUUCUGAUUCCGGUGGCCUCCAAGGCCCGGGAGAGUGAAUGAGUGGGUGGAGUGAAAGGAGCGCCGUCGAGAGUGCUUGAACUCACGGCAGCGGCGGCGCAAUCAAGGAGGAGUGUUGCCCUCGGUGUCUGGGUUUCUUGGUUUCUUGAAUGCGGUGCCCCCAGCCAACAUCACCUAUUCCCAUUCCCUCCUCGCACUACCCACCCCUCGGCGGCCCUCAUCAUUUCCGAGACGCACGACUCCUUACGUGGUGCAAAAUCCCUUGGCUCCCUUCACUUUGAAUUGUUUCUAUAUUCUACCUGUCACUGGGAUCCUGGGCCCUCCCUCCGCCCUGCGGGCACCCUAGGCAGAGACAUAACGCCUGCUCUCUCCCCCUGAUAUCUCUCGGCCGACCAGAUAUUAUUCCCGCCUCCCCGGACUGCACCGAUCUCAUCCCAAUCUCUCCUGGGGAUAUCCACCCUUCCCGCCUGCCAUGGUCACUUCGCUCUGAAAGAUUGCUUGAAUCAUCUGUACUUCCGACCCACAACCCGCACGGGAACUUAUUCCAGCGGCUCGGGCCAGGAAGUGCACCUAGUCGGGACCCAGCCUGACGUCAAUCCUACGAGAACCAAUCUGAGCUUCCAACUGAUAUAGCUCGGAUCGAACGCAGCCUUGCCCGUCUUUUCAUGUUGGCUCACCGAAGAAAAGAAAAAAGAAAUUUAUGUUGAAACAGCUGUGAUUUUUUGAAGCAAUUAUCAACAUGGAUCUGCUAAAGUGGAAGCGGCAGAGCUCAGCUCCGUCGCUGCCAGGCUUGGCCCUCGACUCGCCAACGACCACAAAUUCCAGUCCCGCCGGUAGCUCACCAGCAAGCUCAAUACACGAGAAUAGAAAUAGCGGUUUCUUCACAACUGUAAAGCGGAGCCUCAGCCGGGCAUCUACCGCCCCACUCCUGGAACUGGAGGAUGCCCCAACACUGGGAUCACCAGGCCGAAAGGUCUUGCACAAGCAGAGAGGGUCCUUCUCCUCUUUCGACAGCAUGCAGCGCAGGGGUUCCAUCACAUCCUCAGGGGCCAGCAGAAUAUCCAGGACAUACUCCAUGUCGUUUUCUUCCUCAAGAUCCUCCACUAUCGGGAUCGAUUGGAAGACAGCCAUUGACUGGAAAACACAAAAGGUCGAGGCACACUGUGCCCUCGAGGCCGACCCCCAGGUCCUCCGCAGCAAGCCAACCUACCUGGUCGUCACCCAGGAUUACAUCGUCAAGAUGAAGACCAAGAACGAGGCCCUCACAACCUUCCCCCAGAUAAGCUCCGGCCAAGCCGGCAAGGAGAGCACGAGCCUGGUGCCCCCGCCGGAACCGAUGCUGGUCAUCCCCGUCCACAUGGUCGUUUCCGUCUUCUUCGCCGAGAGCUCGCGACCGUCGUUUGGCAUCGAGAUAUGGUGGAGGUCAAGCUCCGCCAGGGCCGCCUACAACAGCACCCAGAUAUUUUUCUGCCUCCCCAAGGAGCGCUCAGACCACAUGGCCAAGAUCUCCCAGCAGCUCAAGGCCAAGAACCAGGAGUUCCCCGAGGCGUCGCUCGUCCCGCUCGAGGUUGAAGCUCAGAUCUUCAAGAUCUUUGCCGAGGAGGAGCCCGGGUUCAAGACGUGCAAGCCAGAGAUAUUCCCCGUGGUCAGGAGGUCUUCGGUCAAGGACGAUACCCACUCCAGCAAGCUGGACAAGACGCGCAAGGUCCAGGACGGCUCAUCCUGGUUCCUGGCAGUGGGGAGGAACCUCUGUUAUUUAGUUGAGGCUGGGCCCGGCUCGCCGCUGGACGUGAGGUACCAGUCUUUUGGCCUGGUAAACUUGGAGGCUUUCCGUGCCAACUGGACCAUCCACGAAGAGCGGUUCGUGGUGAGCUUUCGUGAGCCUUUCAAGCCUGCAGUGACCCUCGAGUUGGCCAGCAGGUACUACCGCCAAAUAGUCAUCACCUUUAUGAAAGCAGAUAGGUUCCUGAAGCCAUGCUGGCCGACAACUCUGCAGACCAUGGAAGUUUUCCGUGUGACAGGUCUCACGGAUCCACAGCUUCUCAUCCCUGGAGACAACUAUGGGGGUCUCAGGCGGACUUUGGACGCAUUUCUUGUCGCCUAUCACUGUUCGCCGGUAGAGUGGGAGAUCAACUGGAAGACUGCACUUGCCCCCGAGUUCCGACUGCUUCCGCUCAAGGCCGGAAAUACCUAUACCAUUUUGCAGCUCCUGGCAGUCAUGAGGUCCUUGCGAUAUAAUGGGUACUUCAACUCGAUCUCUUUCAAUGGCGUCGACCUUACUGGAUUGUGGGAUAAGACGGAUCUCCUAGGGAAGACGUCUAUCCCAUAUAUGAACCGCAGUUGCAUUGCUCUUACUGAAGUUGAACUCGGCCCGGUAAAGUUCGGCUCACUCCUGCAUCAAGAGUUGCACGGCCUAGCAUUUUGCUCCGAGACCGUCCGCCAGAUAGAUUUCACCAACUGCUUCCCCGAGAACUCGGUUCGCAGGGAGAUGUCAGCGUCCGGGAAAUGGCCCGCCUUCUUGUUUCCCAUACUGAACCUGCUGGAGCUGGGCCUGACAAAAUGCAAUCGACUGCUGCUGAGCGGAAACUACCUGCGCUCAGCAGAUGUUGAGGGUCUGAUCGAGGCACUGAUGACCCAGACCGUUGAGAUUCAAAGCCUCGAUAUCUCCAACUGCGGUCUGUCUGAUCUUGCGCUGCGGGAUAUUUUUGAGGUUUUGUUCCAUCAGGGACACUCGCUGCAAUACCUGGAUGUUUCUGGCAAUCGCGGGCGGCUGCACGCCUCAGCGUUGGCCAAUAUGAUGCAGGUUAUAUUCGAUCUUCGGACGCUCAACGUCUCUGGCAUCUUGAUGGGCGAUAUUCCAGGUCCCUUGUUCUCCUUCGAGACACUCUCGCGCUUCGAGAACCUCGAGGAGCUGGACCUGUCCAAGUUCAAGAUGAAUGAUGCAACUCUGCACGUUCUAGAGGCAUUCCUCGCGCAGAAGCCGCUGCCCUGCGAGCCUCAACAACUCGAUCGCGCCGACUCUCGCAACAAGAGCCCUAUUAACCCAGCCUGCACGAUCCGCAAGAUCGCACUCAACAACUGCAGCAUCAACGGCCGUGAGGCUGCCCGCCUCAUCCGUGCCUUGAGUAGACACACGAAUGCGCACCUGCAUAUCAGUGGCAACCCGCUCGAGGACGGGAUCGAGGACCUGUGCCGGGCAAUCUCGUCGACACCGGGGCCUGCAGGGUUGCACAUGGAUAUGGUCGAGUUCAGGGAGGAGGCAAGCUUCGUGGCCCUGAUGAAGGCGCUGUCGGUGAACCGGAACAUCUCGUUCCUGAGCAUGGCAGGGACAGCACCGAUACCGCCGGCCGAUGCGCCGUGUGGUGCCGAGGUAUGCGAGGCGCUGGAGGAUUUCUUCACCAAGAACACGUUCGUCAAUUUCCUGGACCUGUCCGGGUACAGCGGCAAGCUGGACGAGGGCCAGCUGGGCAAGGGGUUCGCGCGGGCGCUGCGGGGCCUGGCGUCCAACAGCACGCUGACGCACCUGCGGAUCCGCAACCAGAACCUUCACGACGACGUGGGCACGCUGGGCAGCGUGAUCCGCCUCAACAACACGCUGCGCAUGGUGGACUGCCAGGACAACAGCUGGAACCUGACGAGCAUCCAGUUCCUGGCCAAGAGCCUGCGGCUCAACCGCAGCGUGGUCGAGUUCCCCUUCGAGCAGCGCGAGUAUGACCGUGUCUGGCGGCGCGUGUCGGCCGACGUGCGCCGCCAGACCGGCAUCAGCAAGGCGGCCAUGGCCACCCAGAGCGGCCAGGAGAGCGCCCUGCGCGCCGCCCUCGACAAGCAGGUCCAGGAGCUCAAGGACACGGUGGCGCGCAACCGGCUCGCCCUGGAGAUCAACUCGCCGUUCGUCAUCGACCAUGACGAGUCGUCGCGCGCCGGGCCGGGCGGCAAGGGCUGGCCGAGCCUCGAGCUCAAGAUCCCGAGCACCAACCAGUCCAGCCUGCUGCCGCCGCACCUGACCGCCGCCAACCAGCAGCUGCUUCAGCCCGCGGCCGUGGUCACGGCGGCCACCACGCCCAGCCCCGCGCGCCUGCUGGAUCUGGACCUCGACGCAGACCUCAUGUACACCCCCGUCGACCCGCAGCACCAGCACCAGCACCAGCAGGCCCGGAAAGGGCCAAUGAUGCACCUGCACACCGUCCCCGCGACGGUGCGCUACGAUGCCGUCGAGGUCGACGACGUCGCGGCGCCAUACCACGUCGGCAGCGACGAGGGGAUCCUCGAGACGCCGCCCGGCGGGCUGAGCCCCAACGAGGAGGCCGGCGCCGCGAGCCCCGAGGUCCCCGUGAGCCCGCGCACCCCGCCGCCGUCCGCACAGGCGAUGAUGAUGGUGUCGCUUUCGAACGACAAGGGGGACGCGGCAAAGGACGCGACAAAGGACGCGACGAGGACGCCGCCGCCGCCGUCUCCUGCCGCCGGGUCUGGCCUGGCCAUCUCGGGGAACUUGCCCCGGGCUGUCAUGUCUGGGUUUGACUCUGGGCCUUACUUUGGGGGCCAGAACUUUAUUGGGAGUCGAUUUAAGGUUGUCGGUGGGCUUGAGGCUCACUUGGAGGAAUAGGAGAGAAAGGAUUGAUGUACGGAACGAGUGUGGCCUUCGUGUUGUAUUUGGGAACUGCAGACCUUGAAACUCGGUAAUGUGGGAUCGCAUGGUGCAAUAUGUGAAUUGGGGGGGGGGCACUUUGGUAAUGCAUGGUGGAUCUAACGGCUGGCUGGCUGACUGCAUUGGCGUUCAUUGGUGUAAAAGCUGCUGUUGCUUUGUUUGUUUUUUGUGCGGGAUUUAGAGAUACCCUUUAGAUACUUUAUGUUUGGUCAGUCAAAUUGUCUGUUUCGAUUAA